CUAAAACACCAGGACGGUAAUACAUGGAUGGAGUGUGUAUCUGGACUGUACUACAUUGCAGCUAAGAUGGUUUCUGCAGUUUCUUUCAUUCAUUGAAGUUCAGAUUGAGUGCUACAACAUCACUGGGGACGUGAAUAAAUACAGUGCGCCAGCAGCCAACAUAUAUUUCCCGUUAUUGACAGCUACUCUGACUACUUAGUAUCAACUUCAUUGCCAUCACUGAACUAUCAACUUGUCCGCAUCAAGUCCUAGAAUUUCGCAAUGACAACUACGAUCAAAUACAUCUUGCCCCUGAUUUUCUUCUUGGGAGUCUACACCGUAUUCAUCUUCUCCUCUCGCAAUGGUCUAUUUACUCUCCUCGACGAUGCCAUCUACUCGAGGACGAUGCCCGGUGGAGACGGCCCCAUCAAGACAAAUCUCACUGGUAUCAAAGCUCUCGAUGAGGGUCUGUUGAUUCACCUAAAUGCAUUCUUCUUGCGUGUGGUCGAUGGAAGCGCUCCUGAUCUAUCCCUCUAUGCCUUUUCAUCCACAGGCUCCUUUGGCGCAGCUUGGAUUUUGAUCACGGUGGAAGCAUGGAGGAAGGGAAAUGCCGGGACACUUAUGGCAUCUGUAUUCGGCGUCGGCUUCUUGGCCCAAACAAUCACAUACGCCUUAUCCAUGACGAUUUACUGCAUGCUAAACCUCUGGAAAUCACGGACAAUUUCCAACCUCACUCUUCAAAAGAUCAUUACUCCUCGAAUAAUCUCAAAUACGCUACCAUUAGCCCUAUUCAUAGGCUACUUUAUCCCAACAGCCCUCCUCGCCGCACCUACUGCCAUCUUCAAUAUGGAUACGAAGCAGUCCUUCCUCGCAGCAUGGCAACUCUGGCCACUAACUGUUUCGUUCCUCCUAUCCCUUACCAAAUAUUUCUCUCCACGAUGUACUCGACCAGACAACAUCCAUGACCGCCGCGCUGAUAUCCUUUCUCUACGAUACCUUUACGCUUUCGCAUUCGCAUGCGCUGCCAUCCCUCACCUUGGAACCUGGUUGAUCUCUCUGACAUCGGUGAUCUAUCCCGGAUUAUUCAAUGCAGAAUACCUCGAGAAACUGCAUCCGCAGCGGGUAUUCAUUAACAAGAUCCCGUUGGACUCCGUGCGCGUCUCUUCCGUGGAAGAGGGUAGUCUCUGGUUCUUGCAGUGGGAUAAUACCAUUGGGUCAAUCAGUGUCAUGUUAUGGGCAGUGGCGCUGUAUCGUAAGGCUUGUGCGGAGGCAAAGGUUAGGGUGAGUGCGGUUGAAUUGGGGGUUAAGAUCUGUUUACUGGUGAUUUUGGGGGGAGCGGUCGGUGCAGCGGUGGAAUUGGUGUGGGAGAGGGAUGAAUUAGUGUUCUCCAAGGAAUUGGAAGUUGCAGUGGAGAAAGGUACUGGGGAAAAUUCCCAUUAGUUGGAUCUUUCCGGCGAGAAGCUCUACAUCAGUUCAGACCCGGAGUCCUAGUCGGAUGGCCAGGUUACAGCCGCGCGCGGACAGAAAUACGGGAGGGAAAUAAAUGAACUGGACCUGCACCCGAUUCCAAACAUGCACGUGCGGUAUGUACAUAGUAAAUGAAGAAAGACGGAAGGAAAGUACGUAUACAUGGGCCCACGCUCUAUUUCUUUUCCUCUUCCUUCUUCUCCUCAGGCUUGGGCGUAGGAAGCUUGAACUAUAUC